UGCACUCUCUGGAUCAGCGGCAGCACAAACACAGAUGUGAAUGUUCUGGUAGGAUUGUUGUCAAAGGUUUAAUAGACAAAGGUGAAUCGUUAUCAUUAAUAAAUAAGAUUGCGUGGGUGAUUUGAAUCAAGAUCGCAAUCUUUUUACGAUCAAUUGUGGAGCUCUACCAUGUCACGUCAACAACAGUCCAGAUUUUCCUCUGAAUAACUUGUGAAAAUAACUGGCUAUUGUGACCAAUCCUAUACAUUCUUAUACAAAGAUAUUAUGAUGUUGAAAAGUGAUGCUGAGUCGAGCUGCUAUUUCAGAUCCUUUCUCCUGAUAAAUGCAAGUGAUGUGAACUGAAGCGUUGGGAAACUCUCAAUAAGGCACUAAUUCUACACAGCAUUUACUACACAGGGCAUAGCAGAAAUGCAACGGCACUCAAAAAAAAAAAAAAAAAAACUUAUGUAAUGUUUUUGCAGGCAUGUGUGUUCAAAUGAACAUUUUAAAUAAUGUACCUGUCAUAUCGUGCCAUUGAGCCACUCAAAAAUACAGCAAGGGAAAUUCCUUAACCACGACAGCCUUAGUAUAUAGUAAAACAAAUUAAACAGAAAUCUAAAAUUUGGUCAAAAUUAUAGCUCUAUUGUAUGUUUUAUAUUAUGUUAGAUAAUUCUGUCAUUGAUCAAUUGUAUUUGAUAGUUUUCACUUGUCUCUUAUUUCAUAUUUCUCUCGAAUUAAUUUGAUGCAGUGAAAUUUUUUUUUUUUUUUUUUUCCAGACCUAAUGGAAGAGAACAAGGAGAGUGAAGAACUGAGUGAAGUGGAGGAGAAACAUGUCCAACCUGGAAAAACUUUCACCUGCACUCAGUGUGGAAAGAGUUUCUCAAACAAAUAUGGUCUUAAGAGUCAUAUCAGAGUUCACACUGGAGAGAGGCCAUUCUUAUGUGAUCAGUGUGGGAAGCGCUUCACACGAAAAUCACAUUGCUAUCAACAUUUGAUAAUCCACACUGCAGAGAAUCCGCAUGCAUGUGAUCAGUGUGGGAAGAGCUUCACGCUGUCAUCAAGCCUUAAAGAACACAUGAAGAUCCACACUGGAGAGAAUCUGCACGCAUGUGAUCAGUGUGGAAAGAGAUUUACAAAAAAACAAGACCUUAAGUGUCACAUGAGAGUUCAUACAGGAGAGAAGCCGUUCACGUGUGAUCAGUGCGGGAAGAGCUUCACACAAACAUCACAGCUUCAGAACCACAUGAGGAUCCACACGGGAGAGAAGCCAUUCACAUGUGAUCAGUGUGGAAGAAGUUUCAGUCGGUCAGCACACCUUAAAAUGCACAAUAGCAUCCACAAUGGAGAGAAGCCAUUCACAUGUGAUCAAUGCAGAAAAACAUUUAUUACAGCAUCUGCCCUAAAGAAACACAUGAAAGUUCAUACAAAGGAGAAGCCACAUUCAUGUUUUGUAUGUGGAAAGAGUUUUUCAACGCCGUCUUAUUUACGUGCACAUCAUAAAAUUCAUACUGGUGUGAGAGAUCAUAUGUGCUCUGAGUGUGGGAAGGCUUUUACUUUUGUGAGUGAUUUAAAAGAACACCAGAGAAUUCACACUGGAGAAAAACCUUACAAGUGUUCAUACUGUGACAAGAGAUUCAGACAGUCAUCAACUCUGAAAACGCAUGAGAGAAUCCACACCAAAGAGAAGCCCUGCAGAACGAGUCAGGUGAAGCCAGGGCUGGACAUUAAUUCUUGUCCGGGGCAAGUGAAAGAGGAUUUUACUUGUCAGACCGGACAAGUAGCCUGAUUAAAAUG